AUGGACUAUCGAGUCAGACGUUCGUGCACAAUUCGAUUUGAGGCUGGUUGCAAGGAUGUGAACUGCAAAUUUAUGCUUCGUGCAAGAUGCAGACCUGGUUGUUCGUUUUGGCAUGUGGUGAAAUUUAUGCCGAGUCACACGUGUACUCCGGAUGUCUACGAUUCACAUUUUCGAAGUGUGAAGGCUAUUGUCAUCAGAAGUUUGUUCUCUGAAAGAGUGACGAGCAGUGAAUAUACACCUAGAAUGCUAAUGGGGGACUUGUUGGAGCAACAUGGUGUGCAUAUUAUGUACAGUAAAGCUUGGAGGUCUUUACAACAUGCAAAGAUACUUACUUAUGGUAAUGCGGAUGAAUCAUAUCAGCAACUACCCUCAUAUUUUCACAUGUUAAAAGAAACAAAUCCUGGCAGCAUCACGGCAAUAGAGACAGAUGAAAAUAAUUGUUUUUUAUAUUCAUUUUUUGCACUCGAAGCUUGCCUUCAUGGUUUCCAGUCUUACAUAAGACCGAUUGUUGACGUUGAUGCCACACAUUUGAAAGGUGAACACAAAGGGGUGAUAUUCGUUGCCACUUGCAAAGAUGGGGAGGAAAUGAUUUAUCCCAUCGCUUUUGGAUUUGGAGAUGGUGAGUUUAACAGAUCAUGGAUAUGGUUUUUGACGAAAUUGAGAGAGGCUAUCGGAGUGCAAAAAGAUUUAGUCAUUGUUUUUGAUCGUCACCAAAGCAUUGCGAAUGCGAUGAAUCGUGUCUUCCCUUCUGUCCCACAUGUCUUUUGUUUCUUCCACCUUAAGCAAAACUUGAAGAAACGUUGUAAACAACGAAAAGAUGUGAUGACUGCAUUCUACCUUGCAGCAUACAGCUACACCACAAUAGAGUGUGAUACAUACUUGGCAGAAAUACAAUCGAUGCAUCCUCAGACUCAUCUGACAUUGAUGGAAGCAAGACCAGAAAAGUGGUCAUGA